GUCUUACUAUAGACAGAAUAUCCUUUUAUGCUUGAUGCAUGAAACCAUUACCUACACAUGUGAACAUACUUGGAGCUUUCGCCCCAGAAGGUAUCGAUUUCCAGCGAACUGAAUCAUUCGCUAAAUGGCAAAGGCUCGAACUACACCUGGCGGAAUUACGGCCUGGACAUUCCACGAGGGAACAAAGCAGGUCCCCACAGUAUAAAAAGGCCCCCACGGAACGCCGAUCAGCUUCAACCUGUGGCCACAUCCAACGACGUGUACUUGUCUCCUGCAAACCUGGUGAGAAGAGGUAUACUUCGGAAAGUUCGUGAAAGCUCGUGAAAGAAGUUCUGCUGUGUGAAAAUUGCUUCAUUCCUGACGAAUAUUUGGAUACCACUGCUCGAGAUGGCUUCGAUUCUGCCUGCAGCGCUGGGAGGUGGCGAGAGUGACCGAGUCCUGAAAUCGAUGGACGCGAACCGGUAUGCCACCAAGAAGACGAUCGCCCAGGGUAUGCUGGACAUUGCCCUGUUGACGGCCAACGCGUCCCAGCUCAAGUACAUCCUGCAGGUCGGAGAAAAGCACGAAUUCUACACCCUGAUGCUGACUCUGAUUAGUAUCUCAAUCAUACUGCAGAUUGCCCAAGGCGUCGCCUGUAUCGUGUUGGCCAACUUCGACAUCAACAAGGAGACCAACCACAAGGUCGCCAACAUGGUCCAGAACAUUUCGCUUGGCUUCAAUAUGUCCACGGUGGUGAUCAACAUUAUGAUUAACGCCCUCGAGGUCAAGCAGAUGAGCGACCAGGGACCCCACUUUCCGGCAGACAGCAUCAAAAGUGACUAGUUAACCCGCUCGCGCAAUCAAAAUUCUGACAUGGCUUUCAAUGAUCUGAUCUCGAAACGAAAUACGGAAACCAAAUAUUAUUACCAAUGUUUAGCUUAGAGGGUAGCGAAAUUUUAGAGCAAACAAUGUAACUUGUGGACUUUGUAAUAUAACCAUGUAUUAAAAUUUUUGAAAUAAAACAGGAUACGGCAAA